UUUCAUCAACUCAUCAUCACAGCUUCAAUACUGAUCAGACUAAUCAACACAAAUGGCGAUUUCCUCCAGAGUACACCUUCUCUUCUUUCCAUUCAUCAUCGCCACAUGUGCAAUUUCCAUCGUCUCCGGCACCGUUUUCACCAUAACAAACGGCUGCAGCUACACCGUCUGGCCGGAAAUUCUCACCUCAAGCGGCCCACAAAUCGGCGACGGCGGCUUUGCCUUACCUACAGGAUCUUCCACCACUUUUACCGCUUCUCCGGGCUGAUCCGGUCGUUUCUGGGGUAGGACGGGGUGUAACUUCGACUCUUCCGGCUCCGGGAAAUGCGUUACAGGAGACUGCGGCGGAAAACUAAAAUGCGGCGGCGCGGGAGGAUCUCCACCGGCUACACUGGCGGAGUUCACAAUAGGAUCCACCGGACGAAAACUAAACGCCGUUCUUCAAGAUUUUUACGACGUGAGCCUCGUGGACGGAUACAACGUUCAGAUGAAAGUCACAGCGCAAGGCGGCUCAGGGAAUUGUCAAACCGCGGGAUGCGUUUCGGACGUGAACGCGAUUUGUCCGAACGAGCUACGCGUUACGGGCGAGGGGGGUGUUGUGGCGUGCAAGAGUGCUUGCGAGGCUUUUAACAAACCGGAGUAUUGUUGCACCGGAGCUUUUAAUAAACCGGAGACUUGUCCACCGACGAGUUACUCGAAGAUAUUCAAAGGAGCUUGUCCUACAGCGUAUAGCUAUGCAUACGAUGAUGCUUCCAGCACUUUUACUUGUACUAAUGCUAAUUACUUGAUCAGUUUCUGUCCUUAAUUUUGCAUUAUUAACAAUUUGUAUGUAAUGCCUUCAUUUUUUAUCAACAACAAUAAGAGAAAGAAUUAAUCAAUU